AUGAAUCUCAUGAUGAAGCACUUCCUCGCGCUGUUCGUAGCAAUCACUGUGUCCGCAAUUACUCCUUUAGCGUCUCUCAAGAGGAAUGACUUUGCUUCGAUCAAGUCGAUCCCGUCGCAAGUGUCUACGGGCAACAUUGUAGCCAACUUUGUGUCUUCGCAAUUUGGCUUUGAUGGACCUCAGCUUUCUGCAGUCAACAGUACGUCCUUCGACUGGUGGUACUUCGACGCCGUAUCCCCCGACCUCAAAACUUCAAUUGUCGUCGUCUUCUUCACCUCUCUCAGCUCUGGAUUCCCAUUCAUAACUCCUAGCCCAGACGUCACCUCCGUUGCUAUAUUCUACAGCUUUACAAACGGCACCGUAGGCGCUAUCGGUGUUCCUGCCUCUGGGGCGGUGGUGUCGACCGUUGCCGAUGGCUCUCAAGGGUACUUUAAGGGAGUUGAGGCUACUUGGGUUGGUGCACCGGAUAUGUCCUACUAUCAAGUAGAUGUCAACGCCCCGGCCCUCGGUGUUGUGGGACGGCUGAAGCUGCAGACUAAAGCUCCAGCUCAUUAUCCAUGCGAUCCUGCGCAAGCUGGGAAAGCUAUGGAGAUUUCACCAUACAUGGGCUGGGCUAAUGCCAUGCCUGAUGCUACUGCUGAUGCUGACUUCAAGAUUCUCGGUAGCAGGCUAAAUUUCGACGGCAUUGGCUACCACGACAAGAAUUGGAGCGACCAGCCCUUCCAAAACAACGUCGCAAGUUGGUACUGGGGCCACGGUCGUCUAGGUCCCUAUUCCAUCGUCUGGUUCGAUGCAAUUGCUACCGACGGAACAGAGUAUGUGAGUGGCUACGCUGCCAAAAAUGGGAAUAUCAUUUCAACUACCUGUGCACCUGCGGCCCUCAAAGUGCGUCCUAUUAAUAGCCCGUACCCGCCUUUCAUCCAUACGCCUGCACCAGACGCGUUUUCUAUCGUUCUCGAUAUGGGAGCUGAGGGCGUCUUGAGUGUUAAUUUGACGAUGGAGAUGACGAUUGUGGAUGUGCCGGGGAUGUAUAACAGGUGGACUGGGAGUAUGGUGGGUAGUGUUAAUGGGGGAACGCUUAUGACCGCUGGUGUUGCAAUGUUGGAGCAGUUCAAGAUGUUGCCGUAA